UUUAGUGUAUGACCGUACUGUAUAGCAGAGCAGCAGCCUCCGGGCAGACGAGAGCCAAAGGCUUUGCUCUUGGCGGCUAGGGUUUUGUGUGCCAAACCCUAAUCCCCUUCCUUGCAUCAAUCUCAUGGCGGCGAUUUCGUCGGGGAUGGUGGCUUGAAAGGUCUGUGUGUUCUUGUUUGGGAUUGAGGAAUAGAGAGGAGCUAAGUGGUGUGGCGGCGCGGAGAAAUGGGGUCCAAGAACCAGUUCGAUCUCCUCGUCGACGUCGACAACGAUGACCCCUCCCACCUCAUCGCCGCCGCCGAGAAGAAGGCUGCGGCGGCGGCCGCGUCGCCCAAGCUCGCCUCAUCGCCGGCGCCCGCUCCGGCCAAGCUGCCCACCAAGCCCGCGCCACCCGCGCAAGCCGUAAGGGAAGCGAGGAACUACGGUGCUCCACGCGAUGGGGCUGGCCGUGGUGGCCCAGGGCGUGGAAGAGGCGGCGGCCGAGGAGGCAGGGGCGGUCCGAGGCGAGAUUUCGGUGAGGGUGAUGCCAACGGCUUUGAGGGUGGCUAUGGUGGUGGUGGUGGGUUUGGUGAUGGUGGAUUGGCUCGCGGUGAAGACGGUGAGGGGAGACAGGCAGAGAGGGGCCGUGGGCCACGCCAGCCCUACCGUGGAGGUGGUCGCCGCGGUGGCUAUAGUGAUGGGCAGAGUGGAGACGACUAUGGACGUCCGCGCAGGGCGUAUGAGCGCCACAGCGGCACUGGCCGUGGCUAUGAGUUGAAGCGUGAGGGGUCUGGCCGCGGCAAUUGGGGAACUGUCACCGAUGAAGGCCUUGCACAGGAAGUUGCGGAGGCUGUUAACACUGAGGAGGCUCCUGCAACUGCAGAGGAUGAGAAGAAACCUGAAGAUGUGCCACAGUCUGAGGUCGACAAGGACAAGGAGAGUCCAGAGAAUGAAGAAGAAGAAAAAGAACCUGAGGAUAAGGAGAUGACUUUGGAGGAAUAUGAGAAAGUGCUGGAGGAGAAGCGGAAAGCUUUGCUUGCACUGAAGGCUGAGGAGAGGAAAGUUGAAGUCGACAAGGAGUUGCAGGCCAUGCAACAGCUCUCUGUCAAAAAGGCUAAUGAGGAAGUGUUUAUCAAGCUGGGCUCUGACAAGGACUUGAAAAAGAAAGAAAAGGAUGAAAAGGAUGAACGUACCAAGAAGUCCCUGAGCAUCAAUGAAUUCUUGAAGCCGGCUGAAGGAGAGAGGUACUACAACCCUGGCCGUGGUCGUGGCCGUGGCAGGGGUCGUGGUGAUCGUGGGGGUUUCUAUGGUGGUUACAAUGGCAACGGUGGUCGCAGACAGGCUGCCGCUCCGGUGAUCGAAGAUCAGGCCCAGUUCCCCUCGCUAGGUGGGAAAUGAAACGAACGCUCGGAUCUAGCGGCUCGGUUGUCUUGUUGGUUCACCUGAAAACUGUGUCGUCGUCGAGUUGAGUACUGUGUUGUUAUGUCGCCCCUCCCAGAUAGGAGUGUUGUGUUUAUCGCCUGUCUGUAUCCCCGUGCAUAUCCGAGGUGCACCCAUCCAUCACCAUUGCUGUGUUUGUCAGACAUAGUAGCUCAUGUGCUGCUUCUAUUUUCCGACAGGAGUGGACAGUGUAUGCCAUGUUUCUGAUGAGUAGUCGUGUGUGCGUUGGUUCAGAGAUUUUGCUCAGCUGAGAAUGGAUCCCAUGGUUUAUUAAAGAGGCUAA